AUGAGUUCAGCUGCUAACUCCAAGAUUUUUACAUCUUUACUCGAAUUAGAGAAUAAUCCAAAACUAAACCAGUAUGAUCCUCAUCUAUGCAGAGAUAUACACAUUAAACUAGAUCAAGAAGCACGAGCAGAAGGUUUAAGCUAUGAAGAGCGCUUUGAAAUGGCGAAAAAGAAUCUAUCAGUGUUUCAUAAAUGGUCAUCGAUAUUUCCUGCUGGUAUAUCCCAAUGCUUGAAAGAAUACUGGAAAGAACGAGUUAGCUCAGCUCCACUUGAUCCACGUUUUCCGAACGUCAAUCAGACAAAACGAUGCUGGGUGAAUUAUGUCGAUUAUCAUCGGUGUAUGGAAAUCAAAAAUGAUGAGAAAGUGUGCGGAUAUUUCAAACAUCUUUACAAAGAUUUAUGUCCAGAAGAAUGGACUAGUAAAUGGGAUGAUCAAGUAGAACGUGGUGUCUUUCCAGGCAUACAUGACUGA